AAAGAGCAAGCCAUUCUCCGAAAGAACACGCAACCUACAAAGACAAAAAAGGAAUCAAACAGAUGUGUUUGCAAACGAAACGUUUGGGUAAAAAGUGCAAAGAGAAAAUCCACAUGUCACAGGUCUUUGUACACUCGUGCAAAAUGCAAAUUAUCAAAUUUGAUAAAACAUGCAAAACGAUGUUUCUUCCAGGAAAUAAUAGAUAAGAACAAAGGGAACCCCAAAGGAAUCUGGAAGGCGCUCAAGACUUUAGGCGGUGUUAAGAAAGACCAAGUUACUAGCAGACAACUAAUUACGGAGCAUGGCGCCAUAACAGAU